AUGGCGGCAGGAGCAGUCUUCAGCAGAAACUGGGCUCUGCUUAGUGGGCUCAGAUACGGACGAAAGGUGCGCCUCUUCCACUCCUCCUCUCUCCUCCGUGAUGCUCCUCCUCUUCCUCAGGCAUCCUUCUUCCCCCCCUCAGAGGGCACCAUGCUCCCUCCUCACUCCUUUCAGAACCGCGUGGCUUUCAUCACUGGAGGAGGAACUGGUCUGGGCCGCGCCAUGACCCACGGGCUGAGCGAGCUGGGGGCCACCUGUGUCAUUGCCAGCCGGAAACUGGACGUUCUGCAGAAGACUGCAGAGGAGAUCACAGCACAAACAGGGAACAAAGUCUUCCCUUUGCAGUGUGAUGUCAGAGACCCUCAAGCCGUAACUCAGUGUUUGGAUCAAAUGGAAAAACUCACUGGACUUCCACAGGUGGUGAUCAACAAUGCUGCGGGGAACUUUGUGAGUCCUUCUGAGCGCCUGAGUCCAAACGGCUGGAGGACCAUUGUGGACAUUGUUCUGAAUGGCACGGCCUACGUCACCCUCGAGCUCGGGAAGAGACUGAUCCAGCAGGGCAAAGGAGCUGCCUUCGUUGCCAUCACCACGAUCUAUGCGGAGUCUGGGUCUGGGUUUGUGGUUCCGUCAGCUUCAGCAAAAGCAGGAGUCGAGGCACUGUACAAGUCGCUGACGUCUGAAUGGGGACGAUACGGACUGAGGUUUAACAUCAUCCAACCAGGACCAAUCAGGACCAAGGGGGCGUUCAGUCGUCUGGAUCCAACCGGAGCUUUUGAGGAGUCGAUGCUCGGGCGCAUCCCGGCUGGCCGCCUUGGGACACCAGCAGAGAUCAAGAACCUGGCUCUGUACAUGUGCAGUGAUUACGCCACCUGGAUGUCUGGAGCGGUGGUGCGGUUGGACGGGGGCGAGUAUGUGUCGAUGGCCGGAGAGUUCAAUGACCUUCGCAAGGUUACCUCAGAGCAGUGGGAUCUGAUAGAGUCGAUGAUACGAAAAACUAAAGGCUCCUAA